CAGAACGCAGACGGAGCAGGGAGCGGAGGGGUCCGGACGCACAGCCCGGACACACUGGACGCACCGUGAACUUUUUCUGGAGCUCACCAAACAAUUAUAUCAUAACAAUAAUCCAAACGGCCACUUAGCAGAACUCUGCUGGAAUACUGAUCGGAAAUCUCUGGCACUGACCACGCCACCACACCGCGGUCCGGACAAAGAAGCUUGGAUUCAGACCCACGCUGCCAGGCCCGGAGCAAGGCUCAGUGUGCGGAUGUGUGUGAGUGUGUGAAUAUGUGCAUGUAUGUGUGAGUGCCUGUAAGUGUGUACGUUUAGACUGCUGUGUGCGUUUGAGUGAGCAAACAUCAUGAGAUCCAUCGCUCUUCUGUGUCUCCUGAUGGUCGUGGCAGUUGGAGCCUCUCGGUUCAUCCGUGACUCCCAGGGUGGGCCUGAAACUGUAGAACCCCCCAAGAGCAACAUUUCCAUCCCGCUGCCCCCACCACAGCCGGGCCGACCACGGGGCUCCUUCCCCCCAAUGUGCAUAAAGCCCACGGAGAUCAAGCACGCCUUCAAGUAUGUGAAUACCAUCGUGUCCUGCCUGAUCUUUGUGGUGGGGAUCAUCGGAAACUCAACCCUGCUCAGGAUCAUAUAUAAGAACAAGUGUAUGAGGAAUGGGCCGAACGUCCUGAUUGGCAGCCUGGCCCUGGGGGACCUGCUUUAUAUUAUCAUUGCCAUCCCCAUCAACGUGUUUAAGCUAAUAGCUGAGGACUGGCCAUUUGGCGUGUACAUCUGUAAGUUGGUGCCGUUCAUCCAGAAAGCGUCAGUGGGAAUCACUGUUCUCAGCCUUUGUGCCCUCAGCAUUGACCGCUACCAUGCAGUGACAUCAUGGAGCAGGGUGAAAGGGAUGGGGAUCCCUCUGUGGAAAGCAGUGGAGGUGACUUUGAUCUGGCUGGCUGCUGUGGUGCUGGCAGUUCCUGAGGCGCUGGCAUUCGACAUGUUGGAGAUGCCCUACAGAGGCAACAAGCUGCGCGUCUGCCUGCUGCACCCAGAACAGACCACCAACUUUAUGAAGUUCUACCAGGACGUCAAAGACUGGUGGCUGUUUGGCUUCUAUUUCUGCUUCCCAUUGGCCUGCACAGGAAUCUUCUACACGCUCAUGUCCUGCGAGAUGCUUAGUCGCAAGAAAGGCAUGCGCAUCGCACUCAAUGACCACAUGAAACAGCGGAGGGAAGUAGCGAAGACCGUGUUCUGCCUGGUGCUGAUUUUUGCUCUCUGCUGGCUGCCGCUUCAUCUCAGCCGUAUUUUGAAGAAAACAAUCUAUGACCAAAACGACCCCAACCGCUGUGAACUGCUCAGCUUCCUGUUGGUGAUGGAUUACAUCGGCAUCAACAUGGCCUCCCUAAACUCCUGCAUUAACCCGAUUGCCCUUUAUUUUGUCAGCCAGAAGUUUAAAAACUGCUUCCAGUCUUGCCUGUGCUGCUGGUGCUACAGAACGUCUCCACUGGACGAGCGAGGUUCAGGAGGACGCUGGAAGGGCUCUUGCCACGGGAACGGACUGGACCGCUCCAGCUCCCGCUCCAGUCAGAAAUACACAAGUUCUUCAUAAACACACAUACACACACAUCGCAUCAUGUACCUCUUCUGCCAAACCCAUGUUCCCGUCAGCUCCCGUGUUACGGAGAAACAGCGCCAUCACUGCCAGCAGAUCAGAGUGAGGAGGGAAAAAUGGAGCGAGGUAGAAGUCACUUCUACAGGACUCACUGACAGACUGAAAGGCUUGACCCAAACUGAUGAAUGAAAUGACAGGACUGUACCUGUUCAGGCUGUAAUACUAACUGCAAAAAAUAUGAUGAAAGCAAGGUUACAUAAAUCUGUUCAUACUCCGACACUGAGGCUUGUGUAGAGGACUAAAAGCCUCUCAGUGGACAAUUAUGGUAAAUACACUUAUAGAGAAUGUAUGUAUGUACAGUAUUAUAUACAGGCAGAUUGCAGACUUAUGAUUUUAUCUAGCCCUAGUGCUUCGUGUAUGCAUAAUAGCACUGAUGUGUACUACCUGUUGAAGCUUUAAUACCUCACGGGGAAAGAUUGAGGGAAACUGUGACCCUGAGUUAUUUUCCAAAAAGCCUCAAAGGUGCAAGUUUUUCUUAAAAAUAUAUAGUGUGCCUCUUCAUAUACAGGAUCAGUAGCUGAUUUUCUGACAAUCAAGCAUAUGUUGUCACUGCUCAAUGCCCCAUGUGCCCUGGUGACAUCGUAACUGAGUAAAAUGGGCCCCACUGUGUAUCUUACAGUCAUGUGGGGAGUUGAGCAUCAAAAAUGUUUUAUCUGGAAACCAUCGCUGCUUUAAGUCAUGUGGAGGGCAGCUGUUGUCCUAGAACACUGACAUAUACCAGAUGAUUCCUAUUAUGCCACACAGAAGAGGUCAUUAUUAGUACUACUAUUAUUGCAGUAUUCACUGUAUAUAGUGUUAACUUGUCUCUUCCAAUGUAGCUUCUAUUUUUCUAAGAAAAUAUUACAAAACACAUGAAGCUUCCAACAUCUUUGGACUUGAGGUGUUCAUUUCUCAUUUCCAAGUAUUUAAUCUCCAUUAGUGAGUGAUCAUGUUACAUAGAUGUUCCUGUGGCUCCAAAUUGCUCUGAAAAUUACUUCUAAGGGCUGCAUAAGGAAUUUUCCAUAAUGGACACAUUUAAAAGCUUUUGGAAGGAAAAAUACAUUUUGUACAGCUGGAUGUUUUUAAGAAGUGAAUGUUUUUAGCUAAGAUUGCAUUUCUUUAACUACAUAAUGAUCAUAGAAAUUAUUUAGAAAUAUUAGUUCUUUCUACUCAAUAUAGUGACCAGAUAAAUCCAGGUAAAAUUCAGGAUUUUCCUCUGAUCUAAUGUGGUUAAUCAACAUAGUCUGUGAAUGAGAGAUGCAGGCUAAAGGAUUCUCAUAGUGAGAAAUGAAGUAUGUGGGGUGCAACACAGUAAGAGAAGGUGUUCCUAAUGUUUAUUACUUUAGAGUUGGAAACUCUGUAGCUAGAGGUGGCUGCAAGCACACAGUAGUCACGUACUUGUGACAAAUCUUGUGACACAUUUUAUUGAUGCGAUUUCUGUCUCUUUAAAAAGUUGGAUUUUAGAAUUGUGCCUGAUAGGAAGUCUCCAAUCCAUCAAAGAGAAUACGUGGAAUGUGUAUUCGUGGUAUUAUCAUCUUGGAAACUCCUGUAUGCUGCAAGUUAACUAAACUAAAUGAAUCAAAGUUUCUAACAUUGGCAGUAGUGAGAGCAUAUAAUGAUGAUACACACGAGAUGAAUCCAUUUGAUCUGGUGCUUAUUUUGCUCUCAGCACAUCCUGACAAAGAUGUGGUGUCUGUUUUCAUCACCAGACUAGUGAACCAAUGUUUCUUCUUAAAACCAUAUUUCUACCAACCAACCAGACAGCGUGUAUAAUGACACUGAAGUAUUUUUUUAAUGUGCAAUGUGUUUAUGUUCAGACAAAAUAUCUCUUUGGCCACUGUAUUAGAGUUUGCAACGGCGCUCAAAUCAGCUGAUCAAGCGGCAUGUGACUCAUUAACUCAUCAUAUCUAUUUAUACCAUCUCCACCCAUCUAAAGGCAGCUGUGCACUGGAAGGUUGGAGCAGCUCUGUUAGUAUGUUUGCAGAGGAACCACUAAGCUAAGCUAAAACUAAAAAGUCAUUUGAGGUUAGAGAUAAAAUGUGAAUAUUGGCCCUGGUGUUUUGAAUUACAUUUAUACUGUAUGUAUUUGUUAAGAGUAUUCAGUAAUAAAUAUUAUUUUAUAGCA